GGAAAAAAAAACAUGCACAUGAAUGCAGGUAGGAUACGAUGUCUGUGGCAUUAUUUAUGGCUCUAGACAUAACCAAAAGUCACAGAAAUACCAGCAUUUGUAUGCAGGCCUGUAUACUACUCUUUGUUUACAAUAGCCAUUGUGAUUUAUCUAUUUUAAAUUACAGUUAAUGCAGAGGUUGAAUUAAUUAGAAAGCCAGUAAUUAAGUAACUAAGUAGGCUACAUUUACUCAAGUACCAUACUUAAAUACUUUAUUGAUGUACUUAUACUUGAGUAUUUACAUUUUAUGAUGUUUUAUACUGCUACUCUACUACAUUUUUAAGCACUUCCUAUUCCACUACUAUUCAUAGUCAGUUACCAGUAAUCAGGAUGAUAAUGUAUUGCCACUUUUACUCAAGAAAAAGAUUUCAAUACUAUUUCCACCACCGAAAGCCAUAAAGGAAGGGACUUGACUUGCCAUGUUGGACUAUUAAUCAGGCAAAACUAGGACGGAACUCUCAAAAUGUUUAUUCCACCAUCCACAAUUAAAAGCUUAUCACCGCCCACCCGUUCCUGCCUCCCCCCCUCUUGACUUCAGAUACCCACUCCCCUCUAUACUCCAGGCGCAGUCAGGAGCCUCAUUGCGACAGUGGAAGGUUGUAAAAGACCAGAUAAGCCACUGUGGGAAUGGGACCACAAAUCGGAAGCAAGAAAAACUUUGCCUUCUUUCGGGUCUUCCCACUCCGAAGACAUCUCUUUAUCCAAAGGGAAUAAACUUUUCCUCUGAGCAGAAGAAGAAACAGGUGCAAGAAGCUCACAAAUGGGAUAAGUAGGGAUAUUUAUUCUUUUUUUUUACCUUGCCAAAAAGGCAUGUAGGUAUGAAAGUUUUUCACUUACAAACUUUUUUUUUUAAAGUUAGAGGCAUAAGAAUAUAGCCAUAAACUGUGAUUUGACUCUUUAAAGCAUUUAUGACAUGCUUUACAGUGAGGUGUGGAGAUCCUAGAAUAAAGCAGCGGAAGUCUUUUGUUAGAAAGGCUGUGAUUUCUAAAGGUGCGUCUCUGGGGCCCUGGUGCAUGGCGCUAAAAGGUGUCGGAGCAGGCAGAGAGCUUUAUUGGUUUCCAUCUGAGUUACAAUGGCAAAGUGGUUCAAGGAGUUCCCCAUCAAUCUGAAGAAUGGUACCGACAGGAUCCGCUCAGUCUCCGAAUCAGGCUCACAACCAAGAGCCGGUAAAGCCGGGCUGGUGGCCAGCAUUGGUACCAAAUCUGCAGGCUCUAAAACGGGUCAUCGCAAAAACUCCUCUACUGACAGUACAAGCGGAGGAGGAGGAGGAGGAGGUGGUGGUGGUGGUGGUGGUGGUGGAGUUGGAUCUCUCCUGUCCGGGAGAAACCGCAAGAACUCAGCCAUAGACUUGAGUAGAAACGGUGUUGGUUCCCCUAAAGAUGGAAAAGUUUGGGACAGCCUCCUGUCUGGGAAGAGUCGCAAGAACUCCAAAGCGGAGCCAGUGUUUGAGGAGCAGCAAAGACCUCUGAAAAACUCCGCAUCCGCCAACGCGUACAUCAGCCGGCUGAUCCGAGUGGACAAACAGGAUAAAAGCCCCAACUUCAACAGCGGUACCAUCACUAAUCAAGUGGUACCGGAAGCAGAGAAACCAGCUCAGUGCAAAUCAGAAACAGUGAUCAUCCUCGAGGAUUAUGCAGAUCCCUUUGAUGCUCAGAAGACCAGAGAGCAAAGAGAGGCAGAGAGAGUUGGGGAGAAUGAUGGUUACAUGGAGCCUUACGAUGCCCAGCAGAUGAUUACCGAGAUCAGACGUCGUGGAUCCAAAGACCUGCUGAAGGUGUGUUUGUUGAUGGAGGGGAGUGAGGGAACCGUGGCGGUGGAGGAAAGUCAGCCUGCGACAUUACAGAUCUACGAUGUCCCGUAUGAGGGAAGCGGUGACGGUGAGAAGACGGCAAUCACAAGGCCAGAGCUGGAUCCUCGUCCCUCCACUGAGUACGAGCUGCCCUGGGAGUGGAAAAAGGAACAUAUUGUCAAAACUCUGUCAGCACAGUUUGACAGCCCUGAACGGUCAGUCAAAGACGAGACACCUCACCUCACGCUCACUAGGCAGCCGCAACAUCUGCCAGCACAGCCACCGCAGCAUCAGCACCUGAGGCAGAAAAGUUGGACCCAGAAGAUCCUGAAAUCCUCCACUCACACCCUGUCCACUUCCUCCUCCAACCCCGGAAGCAGCCCUGAAACUGAGGCCUGCUGUGUUGACCCCACCCUGCCCCUGGACAAACAGAGCUGGUACCACGGCUGUGUGACUCGGCAGGAGGCGGAGUUCCAGCUGCAGUCCUGCAAAGAGGCUAGCUUCCUGGUCAGGAACAGCGAGUCGGACAACAGCAAGUACUCCAUCGCCCUCAAAACAAGCCAAGGCUGCGUUCAUAUCAUUGUUGCCCAGACCAAAGAAAACGGCUACACCCUGGACCAGAGCAGCUGCGUGUUCCCCAGCAUCCCAGAGGUGGUGCACCACUACUGCACUCAGCGCCUGCCUUUCAAUGGCGCCGAGCACAUGACCCUGCUGCACCCAGUGUCUCGCAUCCAUUAACUCCACCCCAGCUCAAUUAGGUAUACAAAACAAAGACACCUCUGGGCCUAAAUGGAUGAAAUGUUUCCAAAAAAACCCCUGAACUCUGAUCAGUUCAAGCUCAAUGUGUACUUCUACUGCUAUGUCCUUCCUACUAGUCCUAGUUUUUAUAUUUGUAUUUGUUUGUUUAUUAUAUCCUACUUUUUCAUUUUGUCAUUUUUAUUUCAUCAUCCAAAAUAUGUCUGAAAGCUGUGGAUGUCUUCGUCUGUCUUUGAUGUGCAGCUGAUGCAAAACAUCCAGGCUGCUGUUUUGCAUGUGAACAUUAAGGAAGCGCAGCACAAAUGUCGAGGCACUUUUAUUGAAUAAAUGUGACUUGGGGUUUGAUUGAUCCGGGAUAUGAUGUUUUAUUAUACACUGCGGGCUCUAUUAAAAGCUUGUUAUUGUUUUUAAGUGAAAUUCACCGUGAAGCAGAAAGUACUUUUGAUGUGAUGUGAAACUCAUCAGUCUGUGUCUCUCUUUCUCCCUCUGGUGGAUGUGCUGGUACACUGCACCAACUUUGCCAACACAAAGAAUGAUCUUCUUUCCUCAAAGUUUAUAGUUAGUAAAAAUCCAUGCACAUAAACAUGUCAUUCCGCCUAUUAAGAUAAGACCAGCUGUUUUGUCUUAAUGCUCGUAACUGAUCUAAUUUAUGCCUUUUUCCUUGUCAGUUUUCUGUAUCUAUUGUCCCUUGAGGAUUUCCUCUUGUUUUACUGUGAAAGAGGGAGUUGUUUCUAUUGUAUUAUCUGCACUGUGAAGACCGAGUGAUUCACCCCAAUGCAAUGUGCUUGAAGGGGCAAUGGCUUUACACUAGUUAAUGUUUUUCAUUGGAGGACCGGAUGCUUCGUUUGAAUCCUUUUUUCCAGUUAAACAAUCUUUGUUUAUUCUGGGGAAUAAACCUGCCAAUUAAUGUGAUAUGUGGUAAGGAAACAUUGUGAAAUUCAUGUCUUAUGUCAAACAUUUUUGGAGUCUGUACCUGGGGAUCAUUUACAGAUACUCUAUAAGUGCAAGAAAAUAAUCAGAUAUUGAAAGAAAGGAAACU